AAAAUUCUUCCCAUUAUGUCUGGAUGGUAUUCAAGUUUGUUGGUUUGAUUGGCAUUAUUGUUACACUCUCACUGUCUGAGGUAUUUUUUUAUAACGUAUUUGAUUGGUGGCCUUUAAAAACACUCUGUGUAACUACAGAUGGUAGACUCUAUGAAUGGUGGUUCCGAUGGCAGCUCGACAGAUUUAUUGUUCCUGUUGGGAUGAUUUUUGCUUUCCUUUAUCUUACUGUGAAGAAAUACAAACCUGUUGGUGACGAGGAAAAUGUAGAUAUAUGCAGCGGUAUUGGAUUUCAUUUACUCUUAUUUCUUGGUUUCUGUUUAGUUUCUGUUUAUACAGCAUUUGCAUUGCUAUGUCCUACCAAGCCAGACUGUAACCAAACACACUCUUAUAUUAGCCCACUGCCGGUGAUUGGUUUUAUUUUACUGCGCAAUGUUCCAGGAAGACUCAGAACCAGAUACAGUACAUUUUUUGCAUGGUUUGGAAAGAUAUCAUUAGAGGCGAGUACACCAAAGGGAAAAUUAUCUCGGGCAUUGAGGAGUGGUUUGAGAGUGAAUGUGAAAUGGAUUAGGAGUGG